CGGGGCCUGUUAAUGAAGCGGUCAGUGGGUGUCAGAUACAGUAGUUAAUGCUAUGUCUUUGUUUGGGAAGCUAUGUAGUGGAGGAGAAAAGGCGGGAAAGAUGCCCUGCCCUCCCUGCCAACAAAAGGAGACGGAGAAACACCCCGAGAGAGAGGACAUGCUGGUGAAGAAGAAAGACUUUCUGAAGAAAAAAAUCGACCAUGAACUUUUGAUAGCCAAGAAAAACAGCAUUAGGAACAGAAGAGUGGCUCUGCAGGCGCUGAGAAGAAAGAAGUGCCACGAGAAACACAUCAAGUACAUUGACUGUGCUCUUAAGGCCAUGAGGUCCGCUCAUGAAAAUAUAGAUAUUCUCAACGAGAUGAAUGACCUAAUCAAGGACAUUACAGAGGAGCAUGAUCCGACUCUAGACAUGUCAGACACCCUCCACACAUCUGGGAGCCUUGGAGUGGAAUUUGAUGAGGAUGAGCUACUGGCAGAGCUGGAGAGGCUGGUGACGAAUCUGGAUCCCAGUGUCUUUGAGAAGGACAAUACGGAAGAUAAAGUCCCUUUUUUCAAUGUGUUGUCCACUGCAUCACCCUCCCAACCUGCCAAGACAGACGAGGAUGAGAUUGAAGAUGAUUUAGAAUACCUGCGACGCUGGGCGAAUUAAUAGACACACCAUCAGCCAUAACACACAGGCAUUAAAAACAAAAGAGAAAAGCAUGGAAUAAAUGAGAAUAUAUAAUA